AUGCGGCCAGUGCCUGACAUGUCACCACUUCCCCGAAAACAUUCUGCGGAUCUCCCCUCCUCGAGCCCUACACUAGAUCCCCGCUCCGCCGCCCCCGCAACCUUCUUUCUCUCCCGCAAUCCGUACGCCGAUGAGGAGGAUCGCAGCCCCUCGCCAGAUGCGACCGGCGAGGUAAAGGCAAGCAUGUAUGGAGUCCAAAGCCUCACUGAAAGCUUUGGUCAACCAGAAAUACCUACCAGUCCACAAAGUGUCCCCAGCGCAUUCAGUCAAUGCACGCGCAGCUCCUCAUCGGGAUCGGACUCGCCACAAGAGAUAAGGUGCUCGCGGCGCCGGUCUACCAUUAUCCAACUGGGUCAAGCCGAGAUACGAGAUUCCUCAACACAGCCACCAUCUUCCGAGAUACUGUCCCGUCCUUUGACACCCUUCCAUCCGGAUGAACCACUGUCGUUACCGAGCAGCCCAAAAUCCAUCUCUAAUCGAUCGUUGCGACAUCUGGACGAUGUGUCCAUCACCGAGGAGAUCAAUAGCCAGGCAAUGGCUUCGGGCGAUGAAGAGGAAGACCAGACCCGAGCGUCACCACGACUGGGGUUUGUGGGUGCUUCGCAGCUGAUCAUGCCGAGUAUUAAGAUGCCCAGUCGCCGACCGUUUACGGAGCGGGGAAAGGCCAUGGGGAGGUUCAAGGUGCUGGUAGCUGGAGCCCCCGGAUCUGGCAAGACUUCUCUGAUCAAGGCGAUUGUCCAAACAUGCGAGGAUAUCGUUCACGUUGAUUCUAUCGAUGUUCCUUCGUCGGUCAAUCCGCUGGACAGGCGCCGAGCUGCACGUCUCCACUCCGGUCCGGUCCCCACUCGCGGAAUGCCCACUUCCAUCACCGAGAUCUACGCUAGUACCAAGCCCUAUCCGCCGUGGUGGUCGGAUCUUGAAGAUUCGCGAGUGCUUCGACGCCGGAAAAGCAUUGGCGAGAUUGUGCUCGAGCGGAAUCUAUGUUUUGUGGAUACCGCUUCCACGGCGUUGAGUCAAGCGGGCCAAACGCAUUCGAUUUUGCAAUACAUGCGACAGCAACUACAACGAGCCGCUCUUGCAGGAUCGGGAUCGGGUUCUGAUGUGGAUUUUCAGAAUCUGCUCGCUGGGAAUGGCGGUACUCAGGUGGACCUGGUUUUAUACUUGAUUGCUCAAGACACUUUAUCCACGGACGUAGAGUGCAUUCGCAAGCUAUCCGAACUGAGCAAUGUGAUUCCUCUCGUGGCCAAAGCGGAUACCCUGACGCCCGAAGCUAUCCUUGCCUUGAAGGAGGCGUAUCGACAGCAGGCCCAGGAUGUCGGCACUAAACCCUUCUUCUUCAGUAGCAACUCACCGUUUGGUGUAGACAAUGCAGCGCCACAACCUCCAUAUGCGAUCUCGUCGGAGAAAACCACCGAUCUGGAAGUCAUGGAUGCAAGCACGUUGAUGAGUCCUGAUUAUGAACAGCCCCUUGUCUCCUCCGAGCUGGGCGUGUUGGUAUCGAGCAUGUUUGACCGGGACAACCUCGCCUGGUUGCGUCACUCGGCCGCCAAGAAACUCAUCCAAGGACGCACUGACUUUGGACCGAGCUCAUCACCUGCGAGCUCAAGAGACACUCAUCAACAUGAACAUGUACUUUCUGGCAUCUCGUCUCCAAGCUCGGGUUGGAGGUCUCCGCCCGGCACCUCGCUGAACGCCUCGGUCUGUUCGUUGGGUGAUCCAAUCCCGACAUAUACUCUCGCUCGCUUGGCCGAUUACACGCGCCACGAAGAGCGCAUCGCCCAGGUGCGACUGGCUCAAUGGGCCACCGAUCUCCAACGUAGUCUUCAAAACGAGCGCGAGAGAUACGCCGCCCUUGCACGAGGCGACCGGGCCGUCUGGCUGACCGAACGACUCAACGAGUGUGUGAUUGACGGCUCUCUCGUCCCCGUUGGCCAGACAGCGACAGACGUGCACCGCGGUGUGAUGAAAGAGAUGCGUUCACGUGGUGGCAAUGGCCACCAAAAGUACCGCAUGGCCGGACUCAGCGCACAUGACCCGUUGGGCGUGGUGAGCUGGAUCGAUGACCUCGGCCGACGUGGUUGGAUUCUGGUGCAAAUCGUGGGUAGUGUUGGUGUUGUCGGGGGUCUGGCACUAUGGGCAGCCCGGUCUUGGGGAUUUCCAACCAAGAGUCUAGCCGAACUUCAUCUUGAUCACUGGCCUGGAAGUAUGGAGCAGUGA